AAGCUGCAAUGACGUCACCUAAAACAUUACAAUUUGUGUCGCUUCAGCCUGCUAAUGUGCAUGUAACAAAACCCUGCUUUGUGCAACGGACUCCGUAUCGUCUCUUUGUCAUGCCUGUUGUUUGAACUCGGGGGAUAAAAAUCCCUCGUGGAAAAAAAUGUGAUGGCGCGUGACCACCUGUGAGCACAGGCGCGUGGCCGCCCCGUCACUUCAGCGUACACGCCCCCGUUGCGUGGUGAAUACGCCCGCGUGCGCGUGUAAGCGCCUGUCCUGAGGCGCGUACACAAGCACACCAUCAACACCGGCUCCUGCGCUCGGAGAGAGCAUCACCAAAACAUUAGCUCCUCUGCCCAGUCACCGAGGAGGACAGGGGGGGGGGAUUUUAGAGGUUAAAUUGGAAAAAGGGAAACAGAAGCCGUGCGUCAAGGAGCCGAGGAGAAGAAGGCAUCAACCUUCCUUAGAAGAAGCAGAGAUUAGAAGAGAAGAGGUCGCAGCAGGAGGCAGAUCCGGAGGAGUCGCUCUCCCAGCUUUACGUACACACACCCUGCGCCUCCGCUGCAGCGGGGAGGACAGGACAGGAGAGGAGAGGAGGACCAGAGGAAGAGGAGGAGGACCAUGGAGGGGAUGCAGGCAUAUGGGGCCGGGAAAGCCGGAGGAGCCUUCGACCCCGUCACCUUCAUCCAGCAACCUCAGACCAUCAUCCGCAUCGUGUCGUGGCUCUUCUCUAUUGUGAUUUUUGGCUGCAUCGCCAACGAGGGCUACAUCAAUAAACCCAGCGAGGUCGAGGUCUUCUGCAUCUUCAACCGCAACCAGAACGCCUGCAACUAUGGCGUCUUCAUGGGCUCCAUGGCGUUCCUGUGCUGCAUGGCCUUCCUGGCUCUGGACGUUUACUUCCCUCAGAUCAGCAGCGUCAAAGACCGCAAGAAGGCCGUGCUGGCCGACGUAGGGGUGUCGGCUUUCUGGUCAUUCAUGUGGUUCGUGGGUUUCUGCCUGUUGGCCAACCAGUGGCAGGUGUCGAACCUGGAGGACAACCCACUGAUGGAGGGGGCCGACGCUGCUCGGGCAGCCAUCACCUUCUCCUUCUUCUCCAUCUUCACCUGGGCGGGGCAGUCGUUCCUGGCCUUCCAGAAGUACAAGCUGGGGGCCGACUCCGCCCUUUUCUCCCAGGAGUACUUGGACCCCAGCCAGGAUGCAGCCAGUGCUCCCUACACCUCCUUCGGUGGGGACGACCUGGAGAGUCCAGGAGGCGGAGGAGGCCAGGCCAACAGUGACGCUGCCUUUGACGGCACAGGAGGCUACCAGCGGCAGGACUAUUAAACUGUACCAGGGUUAGGUGUUUAUGCAGUACCAGGGGAAAGUUGUCAAUGAUGUUGCCCGAUAUUUCUCAGUUAGAGAAUAUUCUUUUUUUUAUUAUUCUGCAUUUCUCUAUAAACUCAGCACUGAUCAGUAAUUCUGACCCACUGUUACAGAUAUUUAAUAUGAAAAGCAGUAUUGUUUACUUCACUCAAAGAAAUGUGUAGUUAUUUGUUUACUUUUCAAGUCAAUUUGUUUUGUUAUCAGACCUCAACACCAAACGAAAUGACAAAAUGCUGGGCAACGUUUUCAGGUUUUUUUUGGCAAAAAGAUGGAGGAAGAAAAAAAAAAUCAGGUUCGUCUUGUGUUCAUGUCAGAGAAAGUGUGUAACCGGGCGGAGAUUAUGAGAUGGCGGUGACCUUGGGUUUAAUAAGGAAAGAAAACAAACACAGCCAUGUGUCUUCCGGGACAGUCACACUGUAGCAGAUCGAUGCUCGUGACCGAAACACCUUCAUCGUCCGAGGUCCACAGGAAGUCAGUUACAUGGUCUCUGUUAAAUGAAACCCUCAGAAGAACCCGUGUGCGAGCACUGGUCUGCAGCGUAUUGAUUGCAAACAGAUAGAUGGCAGGUUUUCUGCCAAGUGUCCUCUCUUACUGUUGUUUUAAUUGAUGUGUGGAUGUCUGUGUUUUCCUGUUUUCCCAAAGAACACGCUCUUUUUUUUAUUUCUCAAUUGUUGCCUUAGUGCCGACUGCCAAGAGAAAACAACAACACAGGACGAAUUAUAAACUCAAUGCACAGGAUCUGAGUUCUCAUAUGACAACUCUGGGCUUGAUUAUUAUUCUUUAAGGUCCUUGUAGUACACGUGAUAUCCAAGCAUAUGACAACAUUGAAGAACAUUCCAGAAUAAACAGUCGAAAAUGGGAAGAGGCGACGCACUACGCUGGUGAAUUUUCAUUUGGUCUUUUUUUUUUUUUUUUCAUUUCACCGCAGCAAAUCAUCACAUGAGGCAACCGUGAACACUACGUACAAGUAUUGUAUGAAAAUGCUUUGCUCCAUUUUCCUGAAAGAUAGAGUAUACAUAUUAUGCUACAAAUAUCUGUAAAUCUGUAAUUCAGUAUAUAGUAGUGUUUAACAGAAGAUUACGGUUUAUUUUAGGGCUUUAUGCUUGUUCUGUAAAAAGAAAAAGAAAAAAAGGCAAAAGACAGAAAUUCUCCUGUUUGUAAUGUGUCGUUGUGAUAACAUUUAUGAUGAGGACAUCUGUACCUCAGUCUGUUUGUUGAUUUCAGAAUCAGGGGAUGUUUUUAUUUUGGAAUAAUAAUAUCUGCUACUUAAAAACACACCAACAAAAAAAAAUGUGACCAAAUUAUUGGAGUAUAAAUGCGAAUAUAUACUUUA